CGUUUAUUUGAAAGGCAGAGUUAGAGAGAGAGGGGUCUUCCAGCCACUGGUUCACUUGCCAAGUGACUGCCACAGCCAGAGCUGGGCCAGGCUCGAAAGCCAGGAGCCUGGAGCUCCAUCCGGGUCCCCAGCGUGGGUAGCAGGGGGCCUGAGUACUUCCACUGCCGUCCUGGGUGCGUUAGCAGGGAGCUGGUUUGGAAGGGGAGCAGCUGGGGCUUGAACCAGCGCCCGUGUGGGAUACUGGUGUUGCAGGCGGUGCCUUAACCUGCUGCACCACAGCGCCGCCCCUUGAAUAUUUUCAGACCCAGCCGGUUGGAUGUGCAAAUGCGGAGGGCCCACUGUCCCCCUGCCCUUGUCCCCGCGGGGUGGGAAGCAGCACACCUUCCUAGAGACUAACCGACAGAGGAGCUCCCCCCGAGCGUCCACGGUGAAGCUGGCUCAAAACCCCAGCCCUCCCUCCUCACGCCCGUCUUUUCGGCACGGCCGGUCCCUGCCCUCCUAUCAGCUCAGGUGUGGUCCAAGAACAACAUUAUCUCUAUUACACCAUAAUCAGAAAGGUCAGCACGCUUUUGCACGCUCAUUGAACACCUGCCACCACGAGCUUAGCAGCAUCAAGAUGGAUGUGUGCCCACGGCAGCAACCGACAAAAAGAUAAAGACACGCAACCCCGGUGGCGGUGUGUAAGAAGGUGAUAAGCUCAGAGUAGGUGUGAGCAGCAGUGCCGGGAGGGGCCACCACUUGCAAAGGGGGUGUCAGGAAGGCUUUGCCAUGGGUGUUGGGGCAAAGACCCCAGCGAGAGGAGGGGUGAGCCAUGUGGGCGUGUGUCCAGAGGCCCUGGGGUGGAGAGGGUGGCUGCCUUGGUCCCAGCUGCUGGGGCUGGAAAAUGGAGAGCCGUCAAGGCGAAGGUGAACUGUGCAGGGUGACCUGCUGCGUGCCUUAGCUACAGCUAGGAUUAGAUAGAGACACCUCCCGGGGUCCGCUCUCCGUGCCGGGCGCGGGCUCCAGAUGUCACCACCAGGGGGCGCGCUCCGCCCCUGCCCUAUUUCCACCCUGGCUCACCAUCUUCCCCCCCAAAAUUUCCUUUCGCUUUCGGUCUUUGGCUGUCACCCAGCUUGACCCUCCCACACCCAAGCCGGGGCAAGCCUGACCCAGCCACAGGCAUGAGGGGCCCGCGGCCGAGAUGACCGUGCCGGCGCCGGCCUGGAGCCCGACCGUGCGUAUACCUGGGCCCAAGUCGCUGCUGCUGCUGCUGCUACUGCUGAGCCCCGGCCUCCGCGGGACCCCCGACUGCUCCUUCGCCCACAGCCCCAUCUCCUCCAACUUCGCUGUCACCAUCCGCAAGCUGUCUGACUACCUGCUGCAGGACUAUCCCGUCACCGUGGCCUCCAACCUGCAGGACGUGAGUCGCCAUGGGAGGGGCCUGGGCUGGAGGUGGGAACCUCAGACUCCAGACGCACCACCCUCCAGGGACCAGGAAGAGCUGUGCAGGGCACUCUGGCGCCUGGUGCUGGCCCAGCGCUGGCUGGAGCGGCUCAAGACCGUGGCUGGGCCCCAGAUGCAGGGCCUCCUGGAGGCUGUCAACACCGAGGUCUACUUCGUCACCUCGUGCGCCUUCCAGCCCCUCCCCAGCUGCUUGCGCUUCGUCCGGACCAACAUCUCCCACCUCCUGCAGGACGCGUCCGCCCAGCUGCUGGCACUGAAGCCCUGGAUCACCCGCCGCAACUUCUCCCGGUGCCUGGAGCUGCAGUGCCAGCCGGAACCCUCCACGCCCCUGCCCCUGAGGAGUCCCGGGGCCCUGGGGGCUACGGUGCUGCCGGCCCCUGCGCCGCACCUGCUGCUGGUCUUGCUGCUGCUGCCCUCGGCCCUCCUGCUGCUGGUCGCUGCCUGGUGCCUGCGCCGGCGAGGGACGCCCUGCCCCGGGGAGCGGGCCAGGACGCUGAGGAGCCGCGGGGCCGAGGACGCGCGGCCGGGACCGGAGGCGGAGCCCCUCGCGCUGCCCUCGGGACGGAGGCCGCGCCCGGCGCCCGCGGGAGGCUGCGCCUGAGCCCCGGGCCGCGGGGCGCCCGCCCACGGAGCGCGGGGCUCUAAGCCUGCAGGGAGCGCCGGGGUCCCACAGCGCGGGCCUGGCGGGCGGGCCGCCCCCUGCGGGCACCGCGUGCCGCUUGAAGGCCUGGGCAGAGGAGGACGGGCGGAGGAGCCAGGGCGCCGGCGCGUCCCCUCACAAACAGGGCGGACGGAGCCCCUCAAAAACAUGGCUGCCACACUGGGCCGCCCCACCCCGCAGAGGCGCCUCCACGCCCCACGUGACCUCCAGCCCCUCACAGCAGCGGACGACCGGAGCGACGCCCGGAUUGGACAGCCAGAAAACGACCCGCCUUCCACUGAGGCAUCUCUACGCACGCGCGUAACACUGUAGCCAAUAAAAAGACAGAAAGCA